CCGCACACAAACAGCUAACUACGUCCUUGUGCGCAUGUAAGUCGUGUUAACUGACACAUAAAUAAUUAAUGUUGGUACCCGGCUUGCAGUUAUUUAGUUUACUAACAAGUUUGUUUUGCUGGGAUACGAACCAAACAAUCAUGAGUGCCGAGGGGACAGAGGAAACGCCCAAAACCAAUCCGGAGAAUAUUAAAGAAGCCAAAUCCAUCUACGAAUUCACCGCAAACGACAUACAGGGUAACCCGGUUUCUUUGGAAAAGUACAAAGGGCACGUAUGUAUAAUUGUCAACGUUGCUUCUCAAUGCGGUUUAACGAAGAACAACUACGCGGAACUCGUGGAAUUGCACAAUGAAUAUGCGGAGAGCAAAGGGUUGAAAAUUCUCGCUUUCCCUUGCAAUCAGUUCGCGGGACAGGAACCAGGAUCAAACGCGGAUAUCUGCCAAUUCAUGCAGACUAAGAAUGUCAAGUUUGACAUGUUCGCAAAGGUGAAUGUCAACGGAAACGAUGCUCAUCCCCUUUGGAAGUACUUGAAGCACAAGCAAGGCGGCACCCUUGGGGAUUUCAUCAAGUGGAAUUUCACCAAGUUUAUUGUCGACAAAAAUGGGCAGCCGGUCGAGAGGCACGGGCCCAAUACUAAUCCGAAGGAUCUUGUGAAAUCUUUGCAGAAGUACUGGUAAUUUUAAGACUCCAAAUACGCAUAUAAUUUUUAUAAUGCACUUUUAAUGUAUGUAGAUAUUGUUGAGCAACUUUUCUUGUUUUAUAUUGUUCUUGUGAAUUAAUAAAUUUAAUAUUUAUUAAAAUGGGUAUUGUAUUU